GACGGACUGCGCGCGCCUGCACGACAUGGGAAAGACUCGUAUCCUGAUCCUGCUGUGGGUCGCUGUCGGUUUAUGCCACUGCAGGGUGGUGACGGUUCCUAAGGGCCCCUUGCUCUGGGUCGAGGGCCAGCCGCUGUCUCUUCGCUGCGAUGUAUCAGACUACGAGGGCCCUAAAGAGCAGGACUUUGAAUGGACAGUAACACGAGAGACCGAAGCUGCUAAUGUGAUUUCGACAUUUGAUCCCACGUUCUCAGACCGCUCUCUUGAGGACCGCAUACGCCGUGGGGACAUUAGUAUAAUGCGACUGGGGGACAGUGCAGUGGAACUAAGAAUCAAACAGGCUCGGGUUACUGAUAGCGCCACCUACAGCUGCAGUACUCCAAGCACAGACUCUGUUAUUAAUGGAAACUAUAAAGCGACUGUCCAACUGCAAGUUGUUCCUAAUAGUCUAAUUGUAGCACCUGAGGCCCCAAUCCCUGUUGUUCCUGAGGGUGGAUCCAUUAGGCUCCUUUGCAACGUCUCUCGUAACUUCAUGGAGGGAAUUUACCUGUCUGUUACCUGGUCGGUCAAGAAGGAACCAUUUCUAUUGAAGGAAUUACUCACCUUUGGUCCUGAUUUGGGUGUGACGGUUGGAGACAGCUCCAUGCAACGCUACACAGAUGGUGGAAUCCGUCCAGAAAUGGGAAGUGGAGUAUCACACAGUCUUGUGCUCUCCGGAGCGCUUCCGGAAGAUCAGGGGAUGUAUGUGUGUAUGGCCGGACUGUGGACAAGGCAGCAGGGGGUCUGGGACAGGAUUCAGGAGAAAUCGGUGGAGAUGGGGGAAGUUGCCGUCACCCCUACAGCAAACUCGCUCACUGUUCAAGUCCAGGACAGCACCACGUUGUCUUCAGGAGGUACUCUACUCCUCACCUGUUCGAUUACCACUGACGACGUGCCCACAGUUGACCUGGAAGUUACGUGGUUGUUGAAUUCCACCCAUGUGUUGGCGCACUUGGGUCGUGGCGGUGUGCUGGCCAACACGUCUGAUGUUGUGGAAAUGAGACGUUUGGGGAAAUGGGAUUUCCAGAUAAAGAUACACAGCACAGACAUGUCUGACGUGGGACUCUAUUCGUGUAAAGUGAGGUGGAUACAGCACAACGGUGGGCGAUGGUACAAGGCUGCAGAGAAGAUAUCUGCCCCCGUCCGAGUUCACGUCACUAAGCAAAAUCCAGUUUACACUGUUGUUCUCGACGCACCUGUGACGGCAAGGUUCUCAGGUGAACCCACGGAGUUGGAAUGUAAAGUUACGAAUGUCUCCAACCUUCACAGUGCACGACUUGGUGUGUCAUGGUUUUACAAAGGAGCCCUGAAUGGUGACAUCACGGCAACUGCUCAAACUAUUGCGUCAUUGGAUGACAACGGAACCCUCGUUCCAGGCAAGUCGUACAGGGGCCACCUAGAGGCGGGACUUAUUACUGUGACCCGAACGGAACCUUACACUUUCAAGCUCCGCCUGCUGCACACAACAGACAUGGACGCUGGAGAAUACUCUUGUGGGGUCACAGCAUGGAUUCCGUCUCGUCAUGGGAAUUUGAAAAAGGUUGCGGAAUUCCUUACUCCUGCACUCAAAGUCAGCUUUGCUAAAAAGCGUCCUGUCAUUGGUGUAGUGGCCCGAUGUCUUCGAGAAGCGACGGCUGCCGGAUCUACAUUUGAGAUGAGCUGCCAGGCCAACACUCAAAACCUCCCGCAAGGAUUCGGCUUUUCCAUUCUCAUCUUAUCCGAGGAGGCCGUAGGGUCACCCAGCCGCAAACUUGCCUCUCUGGGUCCUGACAUGGUUUUUCGAUUGGAGGACUGGGGUGAACCGGGUCGACGGGACAGCCUGAUGCUGGUGAAGAGUGGGAAGAAGGAGUUCCAGUUUCGUAUUCAAGGAGUGCAGGUGACCGAUCGGGGGUUUUACUCGUGUGAGAUGAGAGCCUGGACGAAGCAACCUGGUGAAGACUGGGUGGAGAUGGCCAAAGGAGUGUCCAAUAAGGUUCAGAUCGCUUUUGAGCACAGAGGUCCUACAUUUGAUGUGUCCAUCGAUUCAGACACAACGAGUGUUUACCCCUGGGAAACUGCCAAGAUGGAGUGUGAUGUGGGCGUCACCGGCACGCCCCCAGCUCCAGAUGAAGUAGCAUAUGAGAUGAAGUGGUUUCUGAGUCGACUGAGGGGUUCGAACAGUCCCUCACUGCUAGCCAGUAUGGAUCGCUGGGGCGUCGUGCACAAAAUGCCACGCAAUGACAGCAGCGACUGUAGCCUGGAGCGUAUGGGACCCCAAACAUUCACACUAAACAUCCACAGCACCCAGGACAGCAAUGCCGGCGAGUAUCAUUGCACCGCCACACCGUGGAUACGAUCAACCACAACUGGGGCCUGGAGCAAAGCGCCAGAUGUGACCUCAAAGAGAGUCUUCCUGAAUGUGAAGUUUGCAUUGUGGGACUCAAUGAAGCUGCCUUUCCUGUACGGGAUCUGUGCUUCAGUGACUGUGGGCGUCGUUUCCCUCAUCCUGGGUCUGACCUGUUCUCACUGCUGCUGUAAAAACACCACACCUACUCCACGCUCUCGCACCAAACUCAUGGAGCUGGAGAUGGAUUGACAAACACAGUAUCCAAAUAGCUGUCCUCUUCCCAAAUGGACACCAUGGUGACAACUGAACACACUAACGAAGCUUCAGAGGUUAAGUUCCGUAACAUCUUUAAUGUGCGACUGUAAGGGGCGACUGUAGGAAAUGGGAGCUACACUCUCAGAGGAAAUAACUACUAUAAAAGCGUCAACUGCCGGGGCGAAAUUACAGACGUAUUGCACUAAAUGUGUUGUUCUAUCAGCAGGAACACAUAAUUUUUUGGAUUUAAAGACGUUUCCUCAAUGUGACUACCAUUUUAAAUGAAAAGAAGAAGUGUUUGACGAGUACCAAGAUCCAAGCAUGUUUGUCAAAUUGAAGGAUUAUUUUACACGACAUCAAUGCUCCAUAGAGCCUAUCUGCUUUCACGUCAGGGUUACACUAGUUUAUUCUUUUUAGACCGUUCGAAGUCAUUUAUAAACUUCAAAGACGCUACUUUAUACCGUGAUUCUUCUAAAUAUGGUGCUACUCUCCUUUUGUAAGACAUUUGGAAGAACUGUGAGUGUUGUGAGCUGAUGUUUUUAUCUGUGAUUUUGUGACACAAUGUUAAUGCGUUGAUCUGUAUGCACUGUUCAAUCUCUGUCUAACUGAUCGGUCGAAAUUGGCCGCGUUAUUGAAGGAAAGUUUGAGCGAAAGAGCAAUUGGUUAAUUGCUAUGGUUAUGGUAUUAAAAUGUUGACUUGUAGGCCAGAAAACAUAGUCCAACAUUUGUGACUGCUUUGCAAAGAAUAACACAUUGCAAGCACCCCGUUGAACACACUUAAUACGUGUUAUAGCGUUACUUUACAGUACACAAGGGGGCGAUAGAGUUUCCUUCCAAUGCGAUUAAACUAGAUGUGUUGCUAUUCAGGUUGCUAGCUAUAAACAUGCCAACUGUUUAUAUGUCGACUAACUUUAAGUUGUGGACAUACAUUGCUCUAAAAUAUUUAAUCGGCUAGAUACAUAUAUAUAUAUAUAGAGCAAAAUAGUGCCCGCCCAAGUAUUUUUCCAAUUAAUUUGUUCCAUAGGUAUUUCAUAAAAGACAAGUAAGCCAUGAACUAAACAAACAAAGGUGAAUUACAACAUUCAAACUUCGAUUUGAAACAAAAAAGCAUUUAAAAAUCAGACAAAAUGACAAAGGUACAAGACUGUGUACUUAAUGUUUUUAAUGAAGAAAGAACUACAAUCCCAUGAAGCAUUGCGAAUAACGUAAUCAAUUUUAAAAACCUCUUUUUGAUAUCCUAAGUGAAAGGAUGUUUUUCCUGUGGUGAGUUUGACAAACUGGAUGCCAUUACAGACACUGAUUAAAUGCUACACUUCAAGUAACACGUCAUUAAGGGUUCUUUUGUCUAUUCUGCCAUAUGUGCAGAAAUUCUUUAAAAAUAAUUUUAAGAAUUGGAUGUUUUUACAGAUAUUCAUGUGAUGUUUUCAGCAGGGUCACCAGUGACUAACAUGUUUCAUCAUAAAUCUGCCUUAAAUAUAAUUUUGGUAGUUUUAAGAAAUGUUAUGCAUAACUCUACACUUUGUGGAUGUAAAAUAUACCUUUAAGGAUAUCAGAAGCAGCAUUCUUGUUAUUUGAAAUGUAAAAAGAAUCUGAUGUAACAUAGUUGAU